UCUGGCAGGUUUGACCCGAAUGAGCGGCCGAGUUACUUGUCAGUGUAAACGUGUGGGUUUUAUUUCAGAAUGUUGAAGAUUCCAAGGGCUCUCCGUAGACGAAAGGAUGCAACCUGCCUCUUUCAAGCACUAUUCUACCAUGCUCGAUCGGGAGUAUUCGGAUUUAAGCUGAGACAAUCACGAGAAAACAACGAUUUUUUAUCCGCUGAGCAGCUGCGGAACCGGACUGAGAAUGCCAAUGUGUUCCGUCUUGUGGAGGCCUAUCGGCAGUUUGGACACAAGAAGGCCAGACUAGAUCCCUUGGGGAUUACACAGAUCGGAGAUCCGGCGGAACUCUCACUCAGCAGGUUUGGACUGACCCCAAACCAAACUGUGGCCAGUCUUGAUGGGAUAUACAACAACAGUCAGGGGCAGAUAACUGUGGCAGACCUCAUCACACAACUUGAACACAUCUACUGCAGCCAUGUUGCAGCUGAAUUUUCACAUUUACAGACUGAAGAGGAGAGAAGCUGGUUUGCUGCUGCCAUGGAAACCAAUGGUCAAAAUUCACUCGAGGCAGAUAGGCGGGUUGACCUUGCCAAACUUAUGCUUAGAUGUCAGGCUUUUGAUCAUUUUUUGGCCAACAAGUUCACCACGGUGAAGCGUUAUGGAGGAGAGGGCGGGGAGAGCAUGAUGGGAGUAUUUGAUGAGGUGUUCAGGAAGAGUGCAUCAAAUGACAUUUCAGAUAUUGUGUUGUGCAUGCCCCAUAGAGGGCGCCUCAACUUUCUCACAUGUAUGCUGGACUUUCCGCCAGCUGUUCUGUUCAGAAAGAUGCAGGGGAAGACUGAACUUCCAACAGAUGCUAAGGGCACUGGAGACGUCUUGUCACAUUCAUAUACAUCCGUGGACCUGUUGUAUGGCGGCAAGUCUCUCCAUGUCUCUCUCAUCCCAAACCCAUCACAUCUGGAGGCCAACAACCCUGUGGCUGUAGGGAAGGCGAGGGCCAAGCAGUUGUAUGCAGGGGAAGGGGACUAUGCCCCAGGGGAUGACGGUCAGGUGGGGGAGAAGGUUCUCUGUGUACAGGUGCAUGGAGAUGCCUCGUUUACUGCUCAGGGAAUAGUGGCAGAAACAUUUUGUAUAGCUGAGUGUCCUCACUACCGCGUCGGCGGCAGCAUUCACCUCAUCGUCAACAACCAGAUCGGCUUCACCACCGAGUCCUUACUGGGCAGGUCAUCCAUAUAUGCCGGUGACCAGGCCAAGAUCAAUGGCUACCCAGUUCUCCACGUUAAUGGCGAUUCCCCAGAGGAUGUUAUAACAGCGACUUCUAUAGCCAUGGACUAUCGACAGAGGUUCCAUAAAGAUGUCAUCAUCGAUCUCAUUUGUUUCCGCAAAUGGGGUCACAAUGAGUUAGACGACCCGACCUUCACGCAGCCGAUCAUGUAUCAUGCAAUCAACUCUCGAAGCAGCAUUCCAGACCUCUAUGCUAAACAGCUGGUGUCUGAGGGUGUCUGUAGGAGUGAAGAUCUAGACACAGUUGUACAGACAUGGAACUCAGUGUUAUCAGCUAACCUGGCCAAGGCAGACUCUUAUGUUGUACAGCCCAAGCAUCUACAGAAGCAGUGGUCCCAUCUGAUACAGGCGUCGGACUCCGUCACGAACUGGGACACCGGAGUACGUGAUGACGUCCUCAAGUUUGUCGGUGCCAUGUCGGUACAUAUUCCAACAGAUGUGAAUGUGCAUCCAACCAUCCAGAAGAGCCACAUUGAGCGCCGACGGCAGAGGAUGGUGGAGGGAGCAGACAUGGACUGGUCAGCGGCUGAGGCCCUCGCCAUGGGUUCACUCAUCUAUCAAGGUUACAAUGUUCGAAUUAGUGGUCAAGAUGUCGGCCGGGCAACAUUUAGUCACCGUCAUGCCAUGAUCGUCGACCAGGAGAACGACAGCAUCUACAUCCCCCUGAACCAAAUGACGGACACUCAGUCAGCUCACCUAGAGGUUGCUAACAGCGCUCUCACAGAGGAGGCGGUCCUCGGCUUUGAGUAUGGCUUCAGUAUAGAGAACCCCAAUACACUGCCCAUCUGGGAGGCCCAGUUCGGGGACUUCUUUAACGGAGCCCAGGCAAUCAUUGACACCUAUAUAUCCAGUGGAGAAGACAAGUGGUUGCUGCAGAGUGGUCUUGUGAUGUUGCUGCCUCACGGCAUGGACGGCGCUGGUCCUGAACACUCCUCCUGCCGCAUUGAGAGGUUUCUACAGAUGUGCAGCAGCCAGGAGGACGGCAUCGACGGCGACCAUGUCAACUUCCAGGUGGCCAACCCCACAACACCAGCUCAGUAUUUCCAUCUCCUCCGCAGACAAAUGGUCCGUAAUUUCCGCAAACCUCUAGUCAUGGUGGCGCCAAAAGUUCUCCUUCGACUCCCAGCAGCGACCUCAUCUCUCUCUGACAUGGCACCUGGCACCAGCUUUCUGCCUGUUCUUGCUGACCCUAAGGUCAAGGCUGACUCUGUGACAAAGGUCAUAUUUGUCUCCGGAAAGCACUACUACACAUUGGUCAAGGAGCGAGAGACGAGAGGACUGAAUAAUGUUGCUGUAGUAAGACUAGAGAGUCUGUGUCCAUUCCCUGCUGAAGAACUCAGGACUGAAAUACAGAAAUACUCAAAAGCAACAGAGUUUGUGUGGAGCCAGGAAGAGCACCGGAACAUGGGAGCCUGGACCUUCGUGGCUCCUCGCUUCCAGAACAUCGUUGGAGUCCAGUUGAAGUAUGCUGGCAGAUGCAACCUUGGCGUGCCGGCAACUGGCAUCGGAGAGAUUCACAGACAGGAAUCGACAGCCAUCAUUGACCAGACGUUCCAGUAGACGGCACCUUCUACCUUACUUAAACAGACAAUUUACAGAUCACUCCUUGAUUGGAGUGCUUUAGGAAUAUUUUGUGGUUUACUCAGGGGGGGGGGAUCCAACAUGGUUCUUAUCAUACCGGGUGGUUGUGAUAGCAGCACUGUCUGACCCAUCCUGGAGGGCAGCCAAUUGUUGUUUUGGGGGACAAAAUGGCAGUUUGGAUAUAACGUUUUGUAUGAGAGUGAAAUAUAGGGUUCAUGUACAUUAACUGAUCUGAAAUAGGCAAUCUCUGACACAGAAAUAGUUACUGGUCUGUGUCAGUUGUAUCCCCAGCAGGGUUACACUAUGUGAACGGCAUUUUCUUUUCCUCUGCCGUAUUGUGUUGGAAUUGUCUCUUAACCUUGGUGCAUAUUGUUUGUUUUAUAACAAAAGGAAUGUAACUUUGUUUGUUUUGCUGAUCAUAAGUUCUUGUUUCUGUAUUGACAUUUGAUUUCUGCAAUGGCAUUCUGACAGCUCCUGUUAUGCAAUUAUACCUCAUUGAUUUGAAAUUACUUCUCCAAACGCAUUCAAGUCACAGUAAUAAAUGCUGGAUUAAUGAAUAUUUAAGUGUUUACACAGAGAUAUUCCAUACAGGCUACGUAGUCCGUGUUAAUGAGGUGACACUCUACAGAGUAUGUGAAUGUCUGUUAUUGGUAGAAUGAGGAUAUGACUCGACUCCUGUAAAGUUGAACUGCAUUUAACCAUCAGGGCUGACAAGGGCAUUGCGAUUCACUUCCCUGCUUGAUUUGACUGCAUCCAUGACUGGGAUUUACUUAAGUACCAGGCAAUGUUGAAAAAAAUGUUUUUGCUCUCAAAACAAGCUUUUAACACCGUAUGAUUUGAUGGGAUUAAAUCUUCAAAAUAGGGACAUAGAAAGUUUGCAGUCUGCACUGAUCAAAUAAUUCCUCACCCUGGAAGCCAAAGGGAGUACCUAUGCUUAUACACUGUGUUAGUUGGCUGGUUCGUCACUGGAGGAAAUCUUUGUUGUUUUCACAUAAAGGUGAGUAGGAAAUAGGUCCAUUUUGACCCAAUUGAAAUGAGAAAUUCUCUACAGUUUCAUCAAAUUUUGAAUUACUGGUAUAAAUAUCAGAAAUGUUCCAGUGGUUGACGACUAUGUCCAUGCAUAAAUUACAAAUUAAAUCAAUUUUGGGUGGUGACCACAUAAGAUUUAAUUUCAUGCAACAAAAUUUAUUUGGGUGGAUAUAUUUUUUGGUUUUUAUUUGUUUAUUCUGGAAUAUCUCUUGAACAAUUGUUGAAAACAAAAGAAAUAGCUUCCACUGAACUAAAGAAUUUGGAUGUCUGUGUUUUCUAGUUAAUCAGAGUCUCCUGAAUGAAAUGAAAGUUGUCUAUUAAUAGACAUAUUAUACCAAUAAGUCUAUUAAGGGACCGUUCAUAAUUUAUGGCUUUAGGGGGGUGGAGAGAAAUGAUGAUUUUUAUGGAGAAGCAUGUACAAUGUGAAUGACCCCCCCCAUAAAAUUUAUGUACAAAGUAAAUGACCCCCUGCAUGUCAUGUACAAAGUCAAUGACCCCAACUCCCCCUUUCCAUAUGUUUAAAGCAUAAUUUUAAAAUAUUUAUAUGUACAAAAUUGCUGACCCCCUGGAAACGCUGUACAAAAUUGCCCUCCCAGAACAAAAUAUGACACCCCACCUGACCCCUUAAAUCAUCAUCAACACACACACACACACACACACACACACACACACACACAGAGCCAUAAAUUAGGACCACUGACCUGAGCAGAUUCAUCACUAGUCAGACUUCGCACAAACUAUACGUAGAUGUCAUACCCAGGUGAGAUAUAUUUUAAAUGUUUUUACCGAGUGUAUAUGAUGCAUUCAAUAGUAUCCCAGUGAAUAUACUGUAUGUAUGCCCAUGCAGAUCCAGGUGAUGACGGCAUGGUGUCUGUUGUAUAUAUGCUCUGAUUGAAAGUAUAUAGUGCUGUAAUGACAUGUGAAUAUUUAUGUUGUUUUAACAGUUGCAUGUUCAACUGUGAUGAGAAAUAGUUUACACAGAAAUUAUUGAAGUUAAAUUAGUUGGUUAUCCAGGGUAUCUUUCAUACAGUAAUAGCGUAUGACUUACACAAACAGGUCCACAAAGGUGUUUCUCUGAUUGGGAUCUUACUAUUUUAGCAAAUAAAUCUGCUUAUGAACU